AUGAAGCACGAAUGUCCAAAAUGCCCCUAUGUGGUUGGCAAUAAGAGCACAUUGCAACUAGGAGUCCCCUACAAUGACGAAAUAGUGGAAGCUAGAAUUACCCAAGUCUUUGAGUCAUUCACUCUUGCACGCGUGAUGGUCGUUCAGUUGAACUCUCCAGCCUUGGGGUUGAGCGGGAAUAUGGUGUUGAAGGUCUUCGACCAGCGCUUUGCAUCACAGACUAGAGAAAAUGAGAAGGCUGAUCCUUGGACUUUGGAUAUUGGGAAGCAAUAUCAUCAGUUCAUCCUGGAUGGCGGUGAGUCGGAUAACAGCGGAGAAGAUGGUGACGAUGAUGAUGAGGAAGAGGAAGACAAGGAGGAAGAAGGGGAGGAAGAACAAAAGGAAUGGACAGCGCCCCGCAAUGAAGCCGAUCUCCAUAAUCUCAUGCAGCGUCUUUAUCACACCGAAGUAGACGUGUACCAAGCCCUCAAAGAUCACCAAGGACAAGACAUCCCCCAUUUCCUGGCAGGCAUCGUCAUUCCCGACUCAAGUCCAAUGCAGAGAGCAACACUGGCCAAACACAUUGACAUGCCCGGAAUUCUACUGCAGGAUAUUGACGGUUUCCACUUGGCCGAUCUUGCUCAGCAUGCCCCGAGAGAAACUUGGCAGUAUCCUCCUUUACAACCGGGGGAUCUAAAUAAGGACGUCAAAACGAGGAACCUUAUCGUGCGCAGGGAACUGGAUGGAAACUUCAAGGUUUUCAUGAUUGAUUUUGCAUUGUGUCGCUUCCGUAGGGAAUAUAAAACCGACAAUGACUGGAGGGAAUGCAAGGCGCAUGAAGAUGAAGAGGGCGCGGUAGCUUUUGUCAUGCAUAAGUAUUUGCAAGGAGGUUUUGCUUAUAAUCGGUCUGCUCUCUAUGAAAAGUUGGACGAGUAUUACAUGAUGGGUGACUGA